CGCCUUCUCGUUUGAGAUGAAAAAAACCUUUUCAUAAGGACAUUAAUCAUGGACAGAGGCGACAACCCCAGCGCUGUGAUUUGCAAGUUAUGUGGAGAGGCAUUCACUCUGCCUGAUGAGGAUGAAGUUGACAGACACCUCCCUCGUGUCCUUUUAUGUGGCCACAUCUACUGCACAUCUUGCCUGCUGUCCAUCCAAUGUGAGAGUGUCAUUAGAUGUCCUGAGUGUGAGGUUGAGUUGACUGUUCCUGAAGGUGGUGUGUAUGAGCUGCAGGAAGAUAGCAGAAUCAUUGGCCUCAUCUACACUGCUAAAAUGAACAAGAUAAAAAGCCUCCGAUGUGAGAGAUCAAAGAAUCGCAGAAGGAGCAAAUUACCAACAUCCACAGAGGUGAACACCAUGGCCGAGAAUAUGGAACAGACAGCUGACAUCGAAAAGACUGAGAAGGCAGUGGAUGAGGCGUUGGCCCGGGCUGCAGAAAAUCUUGCCCAGCUGGAAUACAUCCAUGAGACUCUGACAACUGGUCUGGCAGAACAGGUGAAGAGAGAGAGAGCUCGGCUGGAGAUGGAGAUCAAGCAAGCUGCAGACAAAUCUUUACAUGCUAUUCAAAAGUGGAAGGAUAUGCAAUUGAAUCAGCUGACAAAACUGGAGGCACGGUUCUCCACCACCCAAACAGAGGUGUGCAGUGUCCAAGAGAAGAUUAAGGCCCUGGAGAUUGCCAUGCAGAUGGCCAGAGAAGUACGCCGUGUACCCUUCCUGGAGAAGUACUGCACCCUCGAUAAGGUUCUGGAGACGUUGCAGGCUCCUGUGGAUAACCAGUCUUUCAAUAUGAAAUGCAUUACUGUGGGCUCUGGAAUGAGCUGUGUUUUCCACUCAGAAAGUCUGAACCAGAGUUUGUCAUUGUCUCUGAAGAUGGAAGUCAGCAGCCCGAAGCAGUUGUCCGAGUCUCAACCCAAAGGCCACCAGCCAGGCAGCUCACCCAGAAAGCCUCCCUGGCAACGCACAGAGGGCAGGAACAGCAACUCUAUCCUGCCCAGUCGCAACAAGUUUCCCAGCCCCAAAAAACAUGACCAGGAAACUCGGAGAGGUAACAGUUCACCGUUGCAAGGCUCCUCUCCAAGCCCAAGACAUCGUCACAGGUCCAGCCUCUCUCGCCACAGCUUGGCCUCAGACCUCGAAACUCCAGACGUGAUUAUUGAGGAGCUUUUAGAUGAAGGACAAGAGCAUGCUCUCCCACCCACUGGCCCUGAGCUGGCUAAUGACAAAUGGAGAAUCAAUAGGAGAAAGAAAAGCCUGUAUGACAAUAAGAGAAAUGUUUCUCAGUGGGUGGCGGUAUCCCAUAUUGUGAAUCCAUGUCACUUCUACGUCCGCUAUGUGGCUGAGAAGAGGGAAAGUGAGACCCUGUCUAAGAAGAUUAACCACUUCUGCUGCAGAGAUAGUUGUCGCUUCACCUCCCGUGACACAGUGGAGACCGGCUCCACAGUCUUUGUUAAGUGGAAGGAGGAAAUCUGGUGGCGGGCCAGUGUGGUUGAAGUUUUGAAGAACGGAUGUGUGGAGGCUGUGGAGUCCUGCCCAGUCGACCAGCUGGCCAGUAUCCGAGUCUUCUUCCUUGACUAUGGUCUAACCAAAAGCAUCACUAUACAGAGUGAGAAGGGGACCACUGAGUCCUUACUGAAGGCUGUGAACAACUACCUGAGGAAGGUGGGUGAGGCGGCCAAUGUGGAGUUGGGUCACUUUGCUCCUCAGGCCAUCAGAUGUUCACUCAAGGACCUGGUCCCCUAUGACCUGACAAAGGGCUGGAGUAAAGAGGCACAGGUUGAAUUCCACAGAGUGGUUGAUUCUGCAGCAGUGGAGAUGCGCCCUUUGGGUCUGGACGGAGAAUCUUUAUUGGUGGACCUGAGGAAAGCCCCCAUGGACCAAUCCAGUGAUGUGCCCAUUUCUGUCAGAGAGUACCUUGUUUUCAUUGAAGUGGCCAGGUUCUACUCUCCAGUGACGUUGGGCAGGAAGCCCCUGCUGUACUACCCCCCUGUCUGUCCCAGUAUCAACAAAGAGCUUAAUGCUGUGGUGUCCCACAUCAACAACCCUGCUGACUUCUACAUCCAGCUGGUUGAUAACACAGAGCCCCUGUUGCUCUCAGCCAAGCUCCAGGAUUGUUACAAUGCAACAACAAUGGCUGGAGAAGAAGACCUCAAUGUCUACUGCCCUGUGAUAGGACAGGCCUAUGUUGCCCGCUAUGAUGACAAGUUGUGGUACAGAGCCAAAGUCAUAGGUCAUCCAGGGGGCAGAAAAGUGGAGGUGCAGUAUGUAGACUUUGGCAAUAGGAACAUCUUGUCAGUCAGUGACUUGAGGAAGAUCAAGGAUGAGUUCUUUGCCCUUCCUUCCAUGGCAAUCCACUGCUGUCUGUCUGAUAUGAUUCCUCUGGAUGGAGACACCUGGAGUGAUGUCUGCACCAACAGAUUCAUCAAACUAGCUCACCAGAAACUGGUCACUAUUGUGGCUACAGCAGCCGUCCCCAAGAGUGAGCCUCUGCCAGUCAAACUGUUUGAGAGCGGCCUGAACGGGCCUCUAGACAACAUAGCUGAGUUGCUGGUCAAAGAGGAGCUGGCCUGCUUCAAAGAGGGACAGUCCAAGUCCAAUGAUGAUUCGGCCAUUUGGGACCCUCCACUUGAGCUUGGUUUUGCCAUGGAGGGCGCUGAUUCCGCAAACCAAAAAAUCACCGGAGAUCAGAAUGGGGAGCCGCUUGAGUUUCAGCCUCAGCUGAAGCUCCCUGCACAACUCAAAGACUUGAAAGUCAGAGUCAGCCACGUCAACUCACCGAGCAGCUUCUAUGUCCAGCUCACCCAGAACGACUCUCAGCUCAAAAAAAUGUGUGAGCUGGUAAAGCAGGAGUGUGCAAUUAUGGAGCCCCAAGAUGUGACGUGGAAGGCAGACAUGUACUGUGCUGCUCACAUUAACGGGGUUUGGGAGAGAGGACAGAUUGGCUCUGACGUCACAUCCAGCAACAUUGCAGAGGUGAUGCGCUGUGACCAUGGCAACACGGUGAAGCUCCAUGUCAGCAACUUGCGGCCGUUGCCGUCCUCCUUGAUAGGCUCUUUUGCACUGGAGUGCACUCUUACUGACAUCAGGCCAGCAGGGGGCAGCUCCACCUGGACGGCUACAGCUUGCGAUUUAAUCUCCUACUACCUGACCGGAGCCUCGGCUGUUAUGACCAUCAAGGAGUUGACAGAUGAGCGUCCAGUGCCUGUUACACUGUUUUGCUCCAACAGGAUGGGACAGUUUGUCAGCAUUGCAGACUUUCUGGCCAGCGAGGGCCUCGCCCUCAGGAAAAGAAAACCAAGAGAUGCGGUCAUUCAAAACCCCAAAGAAACUGAUGAACAGUCUCUAGUGAGCGAGAUACAAGUUGAUGGCUCUGGCGACAAAAAAAACACUCCCUCAACUCCUUCCCUAGUUCCUCUCCCUUCCGUGUCCUCCCUCUCCACACCCACCCAUCCAAAACCAGCUCCCCGCACCAUUAUGUCUGCAGAGAAGGUGAAGACUCAGUUGUACCAACCCCCAGAGCUGCCAUGCCUUGGUCACAUCCAGAUAAGUGUCUGUGCCAUCAGGGAAGACGGUCUCAUUUAUGCCAGAACACAGAAUGCAGAGUGUCAGCUGGAGCAGCUUAGGGAGAGGAUUCAGCAGAGCAUGAAGACAUUGCCCAGACAGAAGCCUUAUACCUGGAAGUCAGUCCUGGGCUGUGCCGUCAUUGGACCUGAUAUGUUGUGGUAUCGAGGACAGCUUUUGGAGGUGCUGGGAGGACAUGUUAAGGUACAAUACGUGGACUGUGGCCUGGUGGAGAACAUCCCAGUGGUUCAUGUGUACCCCAUACUGCUGUGUGACGAUGUUCCUCAGCUCUGUAUGCCCUGCCAGCUACAUGGCAUCAACCCUGUUGGUGGUAGGUGGCAGUGGGAUGCAGUGGCCUUAAUGAAGGAGAUGUUGCUGAACCGUUGUGUGGACAUACAAGUCAUGGAGCUGCCGACUGACCCAAGGGGUCCCCUCACAGUUGAGCUCUUCUUGGAUGGGUUGAGUCUCAGCAAGAUCUUGUCUCAUCAUGACCACGCCUCCAUGGACCGGACUGUCUCACCACAGAAGGGACACUCGGUGAUGUCUCCUGCCCCAAUUCUGGACGACUGGGACAUCGACACUGAGGGUCAGAGGGGCCCAGAGGAACCGAUGCUUGGGCCCUUUAUCUACCCAAACCUGCCACAGGAAGGGCAGCAGUUUCGAGUCAAGGUCAAGCACCUGUUGACCCCCAAUGAGCUGUUCAUGUGGCCUCUGGAGGGAAUAGCUGAUGAAGAGGUGGAUGGAGAGACUCUGGAUGAGGCUCUGACCAGAAUCAAUGCAAACAUCAACAUUCUGCCACGACUCACCAGCUUUCCUCAUGGCAGUCCAUGUCUGGCCGAGUACAGUGAUGGGAAGUACUACCGGGCCAGGCUGGUAAAGUUCACCAGUGUGGAGCCCGUCAUGGUCCUGGUCCAACAUGUAGACUUUGGCUCUGACGACACUCUCCCAAAUAGCAAGCUGCGCCAGAUGCCGGCCAAGCUGCUGGGGUUUUCAUUACGGGCGCUCAAGGUUAAAGUCGCGGGCUUCAAGGCUCCGAGCGUCAGCAAGCAGGGAGACGUGCUGCCCUACAGCCCCAAGUGGAGCGUGAAGGCUGCAAUGCACAUGAUCGACCUGUUACACAGCAACAUCUCAGCCACGGUCGUGGCCCGGGAACCAGAGCUCACAGUGCUGCUGUACAACGAGGAGGGAGAGUUGAUCCAUCUUCCUCUGGUGAGCAGCGGACUGGCUGAGCUGGAAUGAAGCAGUGCAGACGACCUCCUCAACCCACAGGGUUUACUCGCAGACGUCCUGUUUUGUUCACGUUGAUUUCAUUCUGUUGUGCUGUUUGACGGCUGUUCUUGGUUUUAUAUGAACAUUUGGAGUCUUAACGUUCACUGUAGAGCAGUGACUUACUUUAAGUUUGUCUGUUUUGUGUUUGAGGGAGCUGUGUUGACUAAGCACUUUGUUUUCUACUCAUUUGACUCAUGUGAGACAGACUUGUCUGUAUGAAGGUUCAGAUUAAAGUCUUC